GUGCUGCGGGCCCUGACGCCGCGUGUCCCCGCAGGCGCGCAGCAGAGCGCCACGGCCGCCAACCCCCUGCCCGGGGCCGCCUCGGACCUGCUGCCCCGCUUCCUGCUGGAGCCGGCCGACGUGUACAUCGUGAAGAACAAGCCCGUGAGCCUGGCCUGCCGGGCCACCCCCGCCACCCAGAUCUACUUCAAGUGCAACGGGGAGUGGGUGCACCAGGGCGACCACGUCACCCAGCACAGCACCGACCGUGGCUCCGGGCUGCCCGUGAUGGAGGUCCGCAUCGACAUCUCCCGGCAGCAGGUGGAGAAGAUCUUUGGGCUGGAGGAGUACUGGUGCCAGUGCGUUGCCUGGAGCUCCUCGGGCACCACCAAGAGCCAGAAGGCCUAUGUGCGCAUCGCCUACUUGCGGAAGAACUUUGAGCAGGAGCCGGCAGCCAAGGAGGUGCCGAUCGACCAGGGCAUUGUGCUGCCCUGCCGCCCCCCCGAGGGUAUCCCACCAGCCGAGGUGGAGGGGUUGCGCAACGAGGAGCUGGUGGACCCGGCGCUGGACGCCAACGUGGACGUGACGCCCGAGCACAGCCUGGUGCUGCGGCAGGCGCGCCUGGCUGACACGGCCAACUACACCUGCGUGGCCAAGAACAUCGUGGCGCGGCGCCGCAGCGCCUCCGCCGCCAUCACUGUCUAUGUGAACGGUGGCUGGUCGACGUGGACAGAGUGGUCGGCCUGCAGCGCCUCCUGCGGCCGCGGCUGGCAGAAGCGGAGCCGGAGCUGCACCAACCCGACGCCCCUCAACGGCGGGGCCACCUGCGAAGGCCAGAGCCUGCAGAAAAGUGCCUGCACCACCCUGUGCCCAGUGGAUGGCGGCUGGUCGGAGUGGAGCAAGUGGUCGGUGUGCGGCCUGGACUGCACGCACUGGCGCAGCCGCGAGUGCUCGGAGCCAGCACCUCGAAACGGCGGGCAGGAGUGCCAGGGCCCCGAGCUGGAGACCCGCAACUGCACCAGCGAGCUCUGCACCCACACCGCCUCGGGCCCCGAGGACGUGGCGCUGUACGUGGGGCUGAUUGCCGUGGCAGUGUGCCUGGUGCUGCUGCUGCUGGUGGGCGUCCUGGUGUACUGCCGCAAGAAGGAGGGGCUGGACGCCGACGUGGCCGACUCCUCCAUCCUCACUGCCGGCUUCCAGCCCGUCAGCAUCAAGCCCAGCAAGGCAGACAACUCCAACCUGCUCACCAUCCAGCCCGACCUCAGCACCACCACCAUGACCUACCAGGGCUCGCUGUGCCCGCGCCAGGAUGGGCCCGGCAAGUUCCAGCUGAGCAACGGGCACCUGCUGAGCGCGCUGGGCGCCGGGCGCCACACGCUGCACCACAGCUCGCCCAGCGCCGAGGGCGUGGACUUCGUGACGCGGCUCUCCACCCAGAGCUGCUUCCGCUCCCUGCCCCGCGGCACCGCCAACGUGGCCUAUGGCACCUUCAACUUCCUGGGGGGCCGGCUCAUGAUCCCCAACACGGGGAUCAGCCUGCUCAUCCCGCCCGAUGCCAUCCCCCGGGGCAAGAUCUACGAGGUUUACCUGACGCUGCACAAGCAGGAGGACGUGAGGCUGCCCCUGGCCGGCUGCCAGACCCUGCUGAGCCCCAUCGUGAGCUGCGGCCCCCCAGGCGUGCUGCUCACGCGCCCCGUCAUCCUGGCCAUGGGCCACUGCGUGGAGGCCAGCGCCGAGAACUGGAGCAUCCGCCUGAAGAAGCAGUCGUGCGAGGGCUCCUGGGAGGACGUGCUGCACCUGGGCGAGGAGCCGGCCUCCGAGCUGUACUACUGCCAGCUGGAGCCGCAGGCCUGCUACGUCUUCACGGAGCAGCUGGGCCGCUUCGCCCUGGUCGGCGAGUCGCUCAGCAUGGCGGCCUCCAAGCGCCUCAAGCUGGUGCUCUUCGCGCCCGCCUCCUGCAGCUCCCUGGAGUACAACAUCCGCGUGUACUGCCUCAGCGACACCCAGGACGUCCUCAAGGAGGUGAUCCAGCUGGAGAAGCAGAUGGGGGGGCAGCUGAUUGGGGCCCCCCGUGUCCUGCACUUCAAGGACAGUUACCACAACCUGCGCCUCUCCAUCCACGACAUGCCCAGCUCCCUGUGGAAGAGCAAGCUCCUGGCCAGCUACCAGGAGAUCCCCUUCUACCACAUCUGGAGUGGGCUGCAGCCCUACCUGCACUGCACCUUCACGCUGGAGCGCCUCAGCCCCAGCACCUGCGAGCUGGCCUGCAAGAUCUGGAUCUGGCAGGUGGAAGGCGACGGGCAGAGCUUCACCAUCAACCUCAACAUUGCCAAGGACACGAGGUUCUCGGACUGGCUGGCACCUGACGGCGAGGCCGGCCCCGCAGCCCUGGUGGGUCCCAGUGCCUUCAAGAUCCCCUUCCUCAUCCGCCAGAAGAUCAUCAGCAGCCUGGAUGCCCCCUGCGCCCGCGGAGCCGACUGGCGGACCCUGGCCCAGAAACUCAACCUAGACAGCCAUCUCAGCUUCUUCGCCUUGAAGCCCAGCCCCACGGCCAUGAUCCUGAACCUGUGGGAGGCGCGGCACUUCCCCAGCGGCAACCUGGCGCAGCUGGCAGCCGCGGUGGCCGAGGUGGGCAAGCAGGACAGCAGCCUCUUCGCCGUGUCGGAGGCCGAGUGCUGAGUGCGGGCCGGCGGGUGCUGUACAGCCCCUUCCCCGGCGCGGGUCGGCCCAGCACACGCGCCAGCCGGGGCAGGGCGGGGAGGGGGCUGCCCCAAAGCCACUAGCUCCGUCCCCGUCUGGGCCCUUCCUGCCCUGCCCCAGCCCUAGCCCUGGGGACCCUGGAGCCCAAGCCCAGCGCCCAAGUCUCCCCGGCGGCAGCAGAGCUCAGAAGCAGCG